AUGAAAAUCUUAGCAUGGAACUGUUAUGGGAUUGGCAACCCAUCAACAGUCAAGGCUCUCCAAGAUUGGUGUUGGAGAGAGAGGCCAAAUGUGGUGUUCGUUUCGAAAAUUAAAAUUGAUUCACAAAGACUAGAGCUGAUUAGAAAUAGAUGCAGCUUUACUAAUGGCUUAUGCAUUAGUAGUUCCGGAAGAUCGGGAGGAAUUGGUUUAUGGUGGAAUAAUAAUUUAACAGUGAACAUUAGUGGCUUUUCGGCCCAUCAUAUUUGUGGGGAGGUUUGCAAUAAUGAAAAUGAGCCAAGGUGGAGAUUGGUUGGUAUUUACGAAUGGCCGGAAGCAACUAAUAAGCAUUUGACAUGGAAUUUGAUGAGGUCCACUUAUGCCUCCUCAUCUCUUCCGAUUUUGACGUUUGGAAAUUUUAAUGAAAUUCUGGGAAUGCAUGAAAAAGAUGGUGGUGAUACUCGCGGGGAAAGACAAAUUGAUGCUUUCAGGGAGGCCAUCGAUGAUUGUGAUUGCAGGAAUUUGGGUUAUAAGGGUAAUGUGUUUACUUGGCAGAGAGGCACCUCGAUGGAGACUGUGGUUCGGGAACGCCUUGAUAGAUAUAUUGCGAGUAGUGGGUGGUGCUCUUUAUUUCCUUCCUUUGAGGUGAUUCAUCUCCUUAUUUGUCAUUCUGAUCAUGCACCGAUUUUAUUGAAGUUUGGUGAAAGCGAGGUGGAGCAAAAAAAUGGAAAUUUUUUCAGAUUUGAAGCGCUUUGGCUUUCAAAGGAGGAAUGUGGUCUGAUUCAUGAGAGAAUUGCUAGGGUGGCAGAGGGAUUAUCAUCAUGGGCUGCUGCUACUUUUGGGGUGAUUAAAAAGAAGAUCAAGAAGGUUGAGUCUCGGUUAAAAGAAGCGCAAAGACAGCAGCUAGAUGCCCGUCGCUUGAAGCAAUGUGUUGAGCUUGCUCAGGAACUUAUUAGUGACCUUCAGAAACUUGAAGAGUCAUAUUGGCACGCAAGAUCAAGAUCGUUGAAGAAGGAUAUGGAUAGUGUUAUAGCAAGCUAUUUUGGUGAUCUUUUUGCUUCGAGUAGCCCGAGUAACUUUGAUGAGGCCUUGUCCGGGAUUGAGAAUAAGGUGACUGAAGAUAUGAGCGAUGUUCUUGAUACGGAGCCGACAACAAAAGAAGUUAAAGAAGCUCUUUUCCAGAUGCACCCAAAUAAAGCUCCUGAACUUGAUGGAAUGCACACCCUUUUCUUUCAAAAAUUCUGGAGUAAUGUUGGUGAUGAUGUGGUCAGAUUUGUGAAGUCUUGGUGGAGGGGUGGAAUUGAUCUUUCGGAGAGUGCUUUUGUCCCGAAGCGGCUAAUUACUGAUAAUGCACUUAUUGCCUUCGAAAUUUUUCAUGCCAUGAAAAGGAAGGGGGAAGGCAGAGAUGGCAAUGUAGCACUGAAGCUUGAUAUAAGUAAGGCCUAUGACAGGGUGGAAUGGGUCUUCAUUGAUACAGUUAUGUUACAGAUGGGAUUUCGGAUAGCAUGGAUUAAUCAGAUAAUGCAGUGCCUUUCGAGUGUUUCGUUCUCUUUCAAAUAUAAUGGCACUAUCUCGGGGGCAUUAACUCCAUCUCGGGGUCUCCAACAAGGUGACCCAAUCUCGCCAUACUUAUUUCUGAUAUGUGCAGAGGCUUUCUCUACAAUGAUAUCAAAGGUGGCGUCGGAUAAUUUGAUUCAUGGGGUGAAGGUUUGCAGGGAUACACCAAGGGUCUCUCAUCUUUUCUUUGCGGAUGAUAGUAUUUUAUUUGAGAAGGCCAAUUUGCAUGAUUUCUCUAAAAUUGCUGAUAUAAUUAGUAGCUACGAAAGAGCUUCAGGACAGAAAGUCAAUCUAAGCAAAACUGAAGUAGCUUUUAGCAAAUGUGUGAAUGCGGAGAGAAGGAAGUUGAUUGUUGAGACUCUCGGUGUUAGGGAAGUGGAUAGACAUGAGAAGUAUUUGGGGUUGCCGACUCUUAUUGGAAGACCGAAGAAAGCAGUUUUCACUUGUCUCAAGAAGCGUAUUUGGAAGAAACUCCAAGGAUGGAAGGAAAAAUUGUUAUCUUGCCCAGGGAAAGAGAUAUUAAUCAAGGCGGUGGCACAAGCAAUUCCAACUUACAUGAUGAGUAUCUUCAGAAUUCUAGAUUGUCUCAUUAAUGAAAUUCAUUCAAUUUUAGCUCGGUUUUGGUGGGCUUGGAUGGUCAAAUAA